AUGAGAAAAAUUUUCAUUAUAAAACUGUUGAGGAAAUAGAUCUAAAGGAAAAAUGCAAAAAUCAUGAAAUGGAAAUAGAAAAGCUUAAAAGGUUAAAUAGAAACCUACAAAAAUUUGUUAAAAGAAUCUGAGGCCAAAAGAGAAUAAAUAGAAAACGAAAAUUAAUAAAAAUUGAGAAUGCUAAAAGAUUAUAAAAGUAAUAAUUAGCAAUUAAUUGAUUAAAAUUCAUAAUAAUCUGUCUAAAUAAAUUAAUUAAAAUCAGAAAAAGAACAAUAUACAGCAAGAAUAGCUUCAUUAGAAUCAUUAUCUUAGGCUUUAAAAUUCGAAUAUUAAUUUAGAACCUAAUAAUAUCUACAAUUCUAGUCUUCAUCAAUAAGAAUAGAAAAUUUAAGAUCACAAUAACCAUAAUCUUCUAUAACCCCAUAAACUGUUGAAGAUCUUUAAAACUUUUAUUCGGAUGAACAAAAAUAGCGCAGAGAGAUUAAUUUUUAUUAUCAAAUUAGAUACCUAGAAAGUAUAAUUUAAAAAGUUUCUGAUGACAAAACAGAGGAGUAAAAAAUGAAUUGUAGAUUAGAAACAACUUAAGCCAUCAUUUUUUCAGAAUGGUUGAACAUUUAUUAAAUAUUAUUAGAUGAAGACUAAUUCAGUAAAUCUAUUAAAGAAAAGAAUUUUUAUUUUAGGAAAAAUUGCCUCAUUAAAAAUAAAGUAUCACAAAUCCAACAAAGACAACUCAACUAAGACACAGAAAUUGUAAUAACAAUAGAUAAUUAGAGGUUAACAAUCAGAAAUGUACAUGAAACUUGUAAUGCAGAAUAUUAAGCAUUAGACAUAAUUUUGAAUAUGUUAUUAACAGAAGGUUAUGCGAAAUUAUUUGAACGUGAUCAUUAACAAAUUAAUAGUGAAAACUAAUUAAGGGAAUAAUGGAGUAUUAAAAUCCCUAGAUAAUUCCUUAUCUAAGAUGAUAUUGGCAACUAUCAUAUUUAUUAAGAAUAAUUUGGAAAUGAUAUAGAUUAAGAUUUUUCUCCUUUUAGAACUGCAGAUAUUGUUGAUCAAUUUAUUUCCUCUUUUUAUUAGUAUUUCUAUUUUGCGACUAAUAAGAAUUUAGCAUUAACAGAAUGCAAAAUUUUAGUUUAAUUAAAUAAAUUUCUAAAGAGACUAAACGAAGUAAUAAUAACAAGGAUUGUAAUAAAUUCAAAAUACUAAAAAGUAUUUUCUAAAUUAGAUAAAGGAGAAGACAAAAUUAAAAAUUUUGAAAGGGAAAGAUCUGAGAAUCCACGAGGAGCAACUUAAUAAUUUUGGUCCCCAAAAAUGUACGAAAAAGCUGAAUAAGUUUGGUAUGAUCAGUGA